UAAACAGUAAAGGUUAAUUGGACAGGUGAGCAGGUGAGGAACACGAGAAGGAGGCGGCCGGCAGUGGGGAAAAUUUGAUCCUCGGACAGGUUGGAAACUCAAGCAUCCUUCGGCGCAUCCAGCCCAGAGUAUAAGACUGAGGCAGCUGUCAGCGGCCACCACAAAGCCUUAUCUGCUGCUGCUGCUGCUGCUGCUGCUGCUGCUUUGGAUCUGGACGCAGAGAAGGAAACUACAGGGGACCAACAUGUCGCUCACCUCCAUUCUUUCAGCCGAGGCCAUUGACAAUGCUGUCAAGGACUGUCAAGCUCCGGACUCAUUCAGCUACAAGAAGUUCUUCCAGCUGUGUGGCCUGUCCUCAAAGACCCCCCAGGAGGUCAAAAAUGUCUUCCAGAUCCUCGAUGAGGACAACAGCGGCUACAUCGAGGAAUCUGAGCUCAAGUAUUUCCUGCAGCGGUUUGUCCCCGGAGCCCGAACACUGACUGAAGCAGAAACCAAGAGCUUCAUCUCAGCAGCUGAUGAUGACAAUGACGGCAGAAUUGGAGCAGAGGAAUUCCAGACUAUGGUCCUGUCCUGAGUCGUGGAGAUGAAAAGAGCUCAAGUCUUCAGGUCUUCGGCCACUUCCCCACCUCUGAAGUCUUCUGAUCCCAGCUUCUGUUCCCAGGGAUUUUAUUUGUUUUCUAUUUGAUUCUGUGUGCACUAAUUGUUUUUACAUGACCUUUUGUCAUUUUAAAGACCACAGCUUUUAACGUGUCUUUUCGAUGUGUUGGUCCAUAUUUUCUUCUCUGUACACACCCACCUCUGACAAUAAACAAUAUGGUUGAAUAAACACGUGGAAACAUA